GAUGCCCUUACGUUAUAAUUGAAUUUCAUACACGAACUUGGCAAUCUUGUUCUCAAUUUAUAUUUGUUUACUAAAUCAAAUAGAAAAAAUAUUGUUUAUGUUGUAAUUCUCCUAUUUUUCGACAAAAAAUGGAAACGAACACCAGCGACUACGAAUCACAACUCCAAAUUGUGGAAGAGUCUUUAGCAACUACUGAAAAUGAGGAGGAACGUAUUGCACUAAAUAGUCUAAAGGCAGAUCUUUUGGAACUUAUUGAAUUAACAAAUCAGACAAAUGCAGCGGAAUUGUCUAAUAGUGCCGAUGGAUGUAACUUCAACGAAGAAUUGGAGCGGUUUAGAAGUGAAAUGGCUUUAUUAGAAAACGUUGAAAGCAAUGUUCAUGAAGUAACUGAGGAAAAUAUAGAUGAACAUUUAAACAAACUUCGAGUAAAACUGGAAGAUAUGGUUGGUAAGAAGUGCACUGCCCCUCACCAGCAUACCUGGGGUUCAGUUAGUUACCAUAAUGCCAUAGUUUGUGGAAUUGAAGACACAGCAAAUAUGGAUAGCAAUGGUCAAUUAAAGGCUCGAUUACGAGUAUUGUUCACCAAUCCUACCCAUCGUGAGAUGUUACCUUGUUCAUUUUACCUUGAAGGAGAGUGUCGAUUUGACGAUACACAGUGUCACUUUUCCCAUGGCGAACUAAUCGAUGCCGAAAAGUUAGGUGAAUAUGCUGAGCCAGAUUUUACACGACUCGCUCGCAAUUGCGUAGUGCUAGCAAAACUGCCGGACCGCCUUUGGUAUAGAGGUCGUGUGCUUUGCGCAAAUUUCGUUGAGCAAUUAUGCCGUGUUCGUCUUGAUAAGAAGGGUGAUAAACGAGAAAGAGAUUUUCCAUUUGAAGAUCUGCUACCGAUAUUUCAUGAUGAUGAUUUAUCCAGCGGAUCCAGUUCGAAUGAGUCUUGUGACGAAUUAGAAGAAUCAGAAGACUCGGACGAAAUCAAAAGCGCAAGACAAGCAAAAUUAGUAGAAAAAAGUUUGUUUGAGUUUAAACCAACACAACCACUUGGCGAGUGGGAAAAAUAUACGCGGGGCAUCGGAUCGAAAAUAAUGGCGAAAAUGGGUUAUGUUCACGGUACUGGAUUGGGUUCAGAUGGUAGUGGUAUUGUCAUACCUGUGACAGCUCAAAUAUUACCCCAAGGCUACUCUCUUGAUCGUUGUAUGGAGUUAAGAGAAGCUGCUAACGGAGACAAAGACUACUUCAGUAUAGAGAAAAAACUACAGCAGCAAAAGAAGAAACAAGAAAACAUUAAUGCGAAAGCAUAUGAGCGCGAAUUACAACGUACAGAUGUCUUUUCAUUUAUUAAUGACAAUAUUUUGAGCGGAGGAUCUGAAAUAAAAAAGGCAAAGAAAAAUAUAUCCCUAAGUAACGAAACCACAAAAUCCUUAAAUGUGGCCAGUGUACGCCUUGCGGACGACAUACGACGAAAAGAGCGAGAAAUUGCAAAGAUACGUCAAUCUAUGGCCCGUAACUCUGUCGGCUCAGAUGUAUACAAACGUACACAACAACAGUUACAAAUUAAAACACAGGAAUUAAAAGAUUUACAAAGAGAGGAAACUGUUCUUUCCAAAGAACAAGCAUCUAGAAAAACGAAAGAUAAGCUUUCAGUAUUUUAAGAUAAACUUUAUAUGUUUUCCAACAUAUUAUUUAUUUUUAGAAUAUAUAAAAGUACACCCUAUACUAAAUAAUUUUAUUAUUAAAUAUUGUUUUAAAAGUGUUUGUGUCCUUGAUGAUCCCUACUCAAAAGAAAAUACAUUUGUAACUUCGUUGGUAAUGUCAAUAAAAAUAUUACUUUUUGUAAA